CCCAGAACGGCAAAAACAGAAAUAUGAACGCAUCAGCAGAAUUACUCCAACAACAAAAUAGCCAAGCCCUAUUCCGCGGCCUCAGGCGGUGGUUUGUGGCGGUGGGAGAGACGUCGCUCUCGUUCUCUUUGCUUCAACAUUCCACCUCUCCCGACCCCCAACACGAGAUAGUAUAAUAUAUUCCUUCAUAUAUACAUAAAUACAUACAUACACAGAUUUAAAUUCUCAAUUACCCAUUUUGUCAUCUCUCUCUCUCUCUCUCUCUCUCUCCCCCAACCCCCCCCCCCCCCCCCCCCCCCCCCCCUUCAAGACCUCCUAAUCUCUCUCCUCCUGCGUGUAUGAACAAAACCCAGUGAAUACAAUACCUGGGUUUUCUCUCUUUUUGGUGGAUUGAUGAUUAAGAUGCCUGAUUUGGCCAUGGAUGGAUCAUAUGGAGAUAAUUCGUUACAGGAACCAAGUGAACCCUACAUUCCUUCCAAGGAAAUUUUCACAGAGGGGUCUCCUACAAGUCCGUUGAGUACUGGCAGUCCCGAGAGUGACUCUAUCGAUCUAGCUAUGGUUGGAGGUAUCGACACCUCUAUCGACCACUUGUAUCACAAUAUCUACGAGAUGCUGAGCUCCGAUCAAUCCCCAUCAAGGCGCAGCUUUCUCUCUUACGGUGAGGAGUCGAGAAUCGAUUCUGAAUUGCGAUUUUACGCUGGAGGUGAUUUUGGAGUGGUGGAAAUAACAAAACAGGUGGUGGUGGAAAAUAAAGAAGCAGAGAAUUUGUCUAAGACACCAAAUGGAACCAAGAAUAAGAAGUUUUCUCAGCCUAAGAGGUUCUCUAUCUUGGCAUUGGGCUCUGAAGCGAACGCAAAACUGAGUCCAAAGGGUAAAUCUUUUCGCGAGAGACCUCCUCCUAGCAAGAGGAAUGGGAAGAUUCCCAGAAAGCCCAAUGCAAUUUUGUCCAUGAAAAAUGACACAAAUAAUCCCCAAGUGCCAAAUGGUAAUGGACAUUCUCUUGAGGCACGAUAUCUUGGAUCAUAUUUGCUUAAACAAACAAGGCAUCUGAUUUUAUCAGGUGAAAACCCUCAGAAAGCUCUAAAACUGGCUGUUAAAGCAUUGAAAUCAUUUGACAGCUGUGCAAAUGAAAAACCAAAUUUAGAGCUAGUCAUGUGUUUGCAUGUCAUUGCGACACUGUACUGUAGCCUGGGCAAGUACAACGAGGCGAUUCCUGUUCUUGAGCGUUCAAUUGAAAUUCCAGUGAUCGAUGAAGGCCCAAACCAUGCACUUGCUAAAUUUUCAGGGUGCAUGCAGUUGGGAGAUACGUAUGCGAUGCUAGGGCAGAUUGAGAAUUCAAUACUAUGCUACAGUGGGGGUUUGGAAAUUCAAAGACAAGUCCUUGGUGAAAAAGACCCUCGACUUGCUGAGACUUGUCGAUAUGUGGCUGAAGCCCAUGUUCAAGCAUUCCAAUUCGACGAGGCUGAAAAGCUUUGUCAGUUGGCUCUGGAAAUCCACAAAGAAAAUGGCUCCCCAGCUUCCCCUCAGGAAGCUGCGGAUAGGAGACUUAUGGGACUUAUUUUGGAGUCAAAGGGAGAUUAUGAAGCUGCACUUGAGCAUUAUAUUUUAGCAAGCAUGGCAAUGGCUGCAAAUGGGCAGGAAACAGAAGUGGCUUCCAUUGACUGCAGCAUUGGCGAUGCCUAUUUGUCUUUGGCGCGAUAUGAUGAGGCUAUUUUUGCUUAUCAGAAGGCACUCACGAUGUUUAAAUCAACAAAAGGAGAUAGCCAUCUUUCCGUUGCCUCAGUCUUUGUCCGUUUGGCUGAUUUGUACAACAAGGUUGGAAAAUUUAGAGAAUCCAAAUCUUACUGUGAAAAUGCACUUCGUCUUUAUGGAAAGCCGGUCCCUGGGAGCCCCUCGGAAGAGAUUGCUAGCGGUCUCAUUGAUGUAUCUGCUAUUUUUGAAUCUAUGAAUGAACCGGAGGAGGCACUCAAAUUGCUCCAUAAGGCUUUGGAUGUAUACGGAAAUGCACCAGGUCGGCAAAACACAGUUGCAGGAAUUGAAGCCCAGAUGGGGGUACUUUACUAUAUGACGGGGAGUUACUCAGAUUCUUAUGACUCGUUCAAGAAUGCUAUAUCGAAGUUUCGGGAAAUUGGAGAGAAGAAAUCUGCUCUCGUUGGUGUUGCACUGAACCAAAUGGGUCUUGCCUGUGUGCAGCUUUGUGCCAUAAAAGAGGCUGCAGAUUUGUUUGAAGAAGCCAGGAGUAUUUUGGAGAGCGAACAUGGGCCGUAUCACCCAGAAACUCUAGGGGUCUACAGCAAUCUUGCUGGAACUUAUGAUGCAAUGGGAAGGUCAAGCGAUGCGAUUGGAAUCUUGGAAUACGUGGUGGGAAUGAGAGAGGAGAAGCUUGGAACAGCAAAUCCAGAUGUGGAUGACGAGAAGCGAAGGCUGGCCGAGUUAUUAAAAGAAGCAGGCAGAGUCAGGAGCAGGCGCGGCAGGUCACUCGAAAACCUUCUCGACACCAACUCGCGCGUUUUGGCAAAAGAUGGCACCAGGGUUUCAUGAUGCGUUGAAUAUCUCUGCCUGCUUGAAUGUAAAAAUGUGAAAUCAGUCGUUGUUUUGAGGGGUUGGUGAAAUUCCUAUGUCAUUGUCCUCUUUGUAUAAAACUUAUUAUGGUACUUGGAUCAAUAAAGGAAUGGUGGAAUUUCAGUUUUC